AUGGCACUCUCCACCCUUCUCCUCCAUCCCUGCCCUCCUCUCCUUCCCAGCAAACCCAUAACACAAAGCAACAGAAAUGGCUGGACCAACAACAACAGAGUAAUCUUCACUUCCCUCCCCUGCACCAACAGCCUCAGAACCAACACUACCGCUCAAUACCCAAACAAACCCUCUGAUACUCUCUCCAAAGAGUACAAGCUCGCAUGGCAAGACGAAUUCAAAAGAGCAUUCCCAUUUGAACCAUCCUCUCAGGACUGGGAGGCUGGUGAUCAGGAAAAUGAAAAAUUCCAAGAUUUGGUCGAUAAACGGUGCGUCGACAAUGUCAGGAUGCUCAUUGUUGACGCGGUGCAGAAUUCGAAAGCUGGGCACCCAGGAAUGGCGCUUGGGAUGGCUGAAAUUGGGUAUUUCUUAUACCGUCAUGUCAUGAGGAACAAUCCGAGAAAUCCCAAGUGGUUCAACAGAGACAGAUUCGUUUUGAGCGCAGGGCAUGGGUGUUUGCUUCAGUAUGUUUGCCUUCAUCUUGCUGGGUUUCGAUCGGUUCAGGUAAAAUUUUACAGAGAAUUAAAUUCUAGACUCGCCCUAAAAAUUCUUAACUGUGAAGCAUAUGUUCAAACACCUAAUGGAACAUUAGACAUGUCAGUUUAUAAUUGCCUCAGAACCAACACUACCGCUCAAUACCCAAACAAACCCUCUGAUACUCUCUCCAAAGAGUACAAGCUCGCAUGGCAAGACGAAUUCAAAAGAGCAUUCCCAUUUGAACCAUCCUCUCAGGACUGGGAGGCUGGUGAUCAGGAAAAUGAAAAAUUCCAAGAUUUGGUCGAUAAACGGUGCGUCGACAAUGUCAGGAUGCUCAUUGUUGACGCGGUGCAGAAUUCGAAAGCUGGGCACCCAGGAAUGGCGCUUGGGAUGGCUGAAAUUGGGUAUUUCUUAUACCGUCAUGUCAUGAGGAACAAUCCGAGAAAUCCCAAGUGGUUCAACAGAGACAGAUUCGUUUUGAGCGCAGGGCAUGGGUGUUUGCUUCAGUAUGUUUGCCUUCAUCUUGCUGGGUUUCGAUCGGUUCAGAUUGAAGACCUCAAAUGCUUGUGCAAGCUUGGUAGUCGGACCCCAGGUCACCCCGAGAACAUUGUCACAGAUGGAAUUGAAGUCACAACAGGUCCACUUGGACAAGGUGUAGCCAAUGCUGUUGGUCUUGCCCUAGCAGAAGCUCACUUAGCUGCCAGAUUUAAUAAACCUGAUGUCACCAUUCUUGAUCACCAGACAUAUUGCAUCAUGGGUGAUGGUUGUGCCAUGGAGGGCAUAUCACAUGAAGCUGCAUCUUUGGCUGCACAUUGGAAGCUCAACAAGCUUACACUAAUUUAUGAUGAUAACCACAAUACCAUUGAUGGUUCCACCAACCUGGUAUUCUCUGAAGAUAUAUCAGCAAGAUUUGCAGCUCUUGGUUGGAAUACAGUGACAGUGGAUGACCCAUAUAGCAACAUGAGAUCCUUUGAAAAUGCACUUCUUUCUGCUUUUAGUGAGACCGAGAAACCAACCUUCAUCAGGGUGAAAACUUGUAUUGGAAAAUUGUCAACAAAGGAGGGAACCUCCAAAGCCCAUCAUGGCACUUUUGAUGAAGAUGAUGCGAAGCAAAUGAGACAGAAAAUUAAUUGGAAUGAUCGAGAGCCAUUCCAUGUCAUUCCUAUGGUCUAUGAGGAAAUGCAAGUUCAGGCAGACCAUGGAGAAACACUGGAGGAGGAGUGGCACUCCAAAUUAUACUAUUUCCGAAGCAAGUAUCCCCAAGAAGCUGCAGAAUUUUCUGUUCUCCUCAACGGUGGUAUGCUUCCGGGCUGGGAAAACUCGUUACCGGGCAUAUCACAUGAAGCUGCAUCUUUGGCUGCACAUUGGAAGCUCAACAAGCUUACACUAAUUUAUGAUGAUAACCACAAUACCAUUGAUGGUUCCACCAACCUGGUAUUCUCUGAAGAUAUAUCAGCAAGAUUUGCAGCUCUUGGUUGGAAUACAGUGACAGUGGAUGACCCAUAUAGCAACAUGAGAUCCUUUGAAAAUGCACUUCUUUCUGCUUUUAGUGAGACCGAGAAACCAACCUUCAUCAGGGUGAAAACUUGUAUUGGAAAAUUGUCAACAAAGGAGGGAACCUCCAAAGCCCAUCAUGGCACUUUUGAUGAAGAUGAUGCGAAGCAAAUGAGACAGAAAAUUAAUUGGAAUGAUCGAGAGCCAUUCCAUGUCAUUCCUAUGGUCUAUGAGGAAAUGCAAGUUCAGGCAGACCAUGGAGAAACACUGGAGGAGGAGUGGCACUCCAAAUUAUACUAUUUCCGAAGCAAGUAUCCCCAAGAAGCUGCAGAAUUUUCUGUUCUCCUCAACGGUGGUAUGCUUCCGGGCUGGGAAAACUCGUUACCGAAGUGGUCUAUAUCUGAUCCGGUAGAUGCCACUAGAGGAUAUUCUGAGAAAUGCCUGAACAAUCUUGUUAAGGUGCUACCAGGGCUGAUUGGUGGAAGUGCAGAUCUUGCAACAUCUAAUAAAGUCUAUCUCCAUGGCUGUGAAGAUUUUCAGAGGCCCGAUUCUCCAUGGGGACGCAACAUUAGGUAUGGAGUUCGAGAGCAUGCAAUGGGUGGAAUUUCAAAUGGUGUAGCCUUGCAUGGAGGCGGUUUGAUACCAUUUGCGGCCACUUUUCUUAUUUUCUCCGACUACAUGAAGAACUCAAUCCGAUUGUCUGCCCUCAGUCAUGCUGGAGUCAUUUACAUUAUGACCCAUGACUCUAUCGGUCUAGGAGAAGAUGGACCAACUCACCAACCAGUAGAGCAGCUAGCUGGCCUACGAGCAGUGCCACGUUUAUUGGUUUUCCGACCAGCUGAUGGCAAUGAAACUGCUGGAGCCUAUAAGGUGGCUGUUGCAAACCGAGAUGUACCUAGUCUUAUUGCAUUAUCGAGGCAAAAGUUGGCGGCCAACUUGGAAGGAACAUCAGCAGAUGCUGUUGAAAGGGGAGGCUAUAUAGUAAGUGACAACUCUGGUGACAAACUGCCAGAGUUGAUACUCAUCGGUACUGGAUCAGAACUUUGUCUCUGUGAAGGGAGCGCCAACACCCUAAGAAAAGAAGGGAGGAGAGUGAGGGUGGUUUCACUUGUGUGUUGGAGGCUUUUUGACCGGCAGCCUAGGGAGUAUAAGGAGCUUGUAUUGCCAUCGAGUGUUUCGAGGCGUGUGAGUGUUGAGGCAGGCUCUCCAAUUGGUUGGAGGGAGUAUGUGGGAGGUGGUGGGGUGCUGGUUGGGGUGGAGGACUUUGGGGCCAGUGGAGCUUAUUUGGAUACAUUUCAGAAGUUCGGUUUCACGGAGGAGAAUGUAACAAGGAUUGCAAAGUCAUUGCUCUGCCAGUGA